AAGGUUCGUGUGUUGGGGCUUCAACUGGCGGCUGAGAAGGAGGUGAUCGAGGAAAGGCGGCGCGAUGCAGAUCUUCGUGAAGACGCUCACGGGGAAGACCAUCACUUUAGAGGUCGAGAGCAGCGAUACCAUCGACAACGUCAAGGCUAAGAUCCAAGACAAGGAAGGGAUUCCUCCGGACCAGCAGAGGCUGAUCUUUGCUGGUAAGCAGCUCGAGGAUGGACGGACCCUCGCUGACUACAAUAUCCAGAAAGAGUCUACACUGCAUCUUGUGCUGAGGCUGAGGGGUGGAAUCAUUGAACCUUCUCUCAUGGCUCUUGCUAGGAAGUACAACCAAGAGAAGAUGAUAUGCAGAAAGUGUUAUGCACGGUUGCAUCCAAGGGCUGUCAAUUGCCGGAAAAAGAAGUGUGGCCACAGCAAUCAGUUGAGGCCCAAGAAAAAGAUCAAGUAAACUGCUAGAAUGGUUGGAUUCGAGGUGCUUUGAAAGAAGAUUAGCAAUAGUUUGAAUAUUGAGUGCUAUCGGAGCAUACUGUCUCUGUUCUUUUUGGAUGUUUAGACAAAUAUUUCUAUUUGGUUCUGUGGUUGCCUAAUGAGAUUUGACUGCGCAAGUUUGCUAGUU